AUGUCAAACAUAUUACACCACCACGUGAAUGGUGGAGUAGGUGGAGAUGGUUCCCCACGACAUCAGGAAUCAUCAACACUACAUCAACAACAACAACAACAUCAAUUGGCGCUGCCAAUAGUGAUCACCAUGAUUGAUGAUGAUAUUAAUGACGCCAGGGCAGAUACUAAAGAGAAUUUGUUAACCCCAUAUGUUAUUCAAUUCAUAAAACGUCCUCCAAAGAGACUGGCCCCAUUGUCGCUGCAUAUUACUGAUUUACGAGUUCAAGAAGGAUUGAUUAUUAAGGAUUUGACAUUUGUAUUGAUUGGUUUAGAAGGAUUAUAUAUUAAAUAUGGUCAGCAUUAUGAUCCCAAUGUAUUGGAUUCAUUAAUUCAUGGAAUGGAUUUCAAGGUGGCUAAAAACUUUGAUGUUAGUUUAAAAAUGAUAACUAAAGAGAUUUAUAAAUUAGGCAAAUAUUAUUCUGGUUUAAUGUCAUUUAUUGAAAAUUAUAAUACUGAAAAAUAUGGGAAAGUUGUUCAAAAGUUUUGUCAAUAUGUAUUUGAAUUCCUUCAAUAUUAUAAGAGUGUCAUAUUAGAUAUUGAACAUGAAUUAAAUUACAAUUCAAGCUUUAAUUUAAGUACCCUUGGCAACUUAUUGCAUCAAAAAGUGUCUAAUAAACUUAGACAUCUCUAUCAAAUAGCCAUUGAAAUCCAUGGAAUAUCACAAGAAAGGGCUAAUAUGAGUGAAGAUCAUUAUAGAAUGGAACAAUUACGAUCUCAAGAUAGUUCCAAAAAUUCAAAAGUAAUGAUUAAUUUGAAUCCCAGGAAAUUCAAAUGUUGUAAAGGAGGAUUAGCAUUACAACUUAUCCAAAAAAGAAUAUCAUAUUAUAAAGGAGAUCAUAUAUCGUCGGAUUUUCUAAGAAAUCUAUUUGAUAUAGUUAGUCAAGGAUAUGUGAAGAUGUUAAAUCAAUGGUUGAUUGAAGGAGUAAUUGAUGAUCCAUUUAAUGAAUUUUUGAUUCAAGAGAAAGUAUCACCUAGUUCACUUACAAUGUUUGGACCUAAGAGUGAAUAUUAUUGGAAAGAAUUAUUCUUACUUAAUGUGGAUGGAUUAUUAGAUCAAUUUUCAAAUCCUCAGAUCCAAUCGAAAAUACUAAAUACUGGGAAAUAUCUAAGCAUAUUCAAAUCAUGUACUGGAUUAGAUAAUUUUAAACGAUUAAGAGAGAAAUUUCAACCGAUAACAUCAUUAAAUUCUCCUGAUUUAGAAGUUAGAAUUGAUGAAUUUUACAAAAGAGCCAAUAAAAUGUUUAUGAAAUUAUUAUUCCAAGGAUAUAAUUUCAAACGAUUAAUUAAAAAUUAUCAACUGAUAUUCUUGUUAGAUAAUUCUUAUCAAAUUGAUAAUUUCCUCCAAGUUUCCUUUCAUGAAUUAAAACGAGAUAAAUUAAAAAUAUCAAUUUCUCGAUUAUUAGCCCAUUAUAAUGAUUUAUUUAAACCUAAUAAAAAUAACCGAGUGGGGACAAUACCGACAAUCGAAGAUAUCCUAAGAGAAAAACAAGUCUUUUCCAUCCAUCGAGAAUCCUUCUAUAAAGUAGCUGAACGCGUCUUGGUUGCAGAUGAAUAUAAACUCCCAUAUGAUCAAAAUGGCACGCACCCACUGACCACAUCCCUAUUGCAACAACAACAAAAGAGUACAGCUCCAGAUCUGGCACUGUCAGUAGAAUCUCGGGCGCAAUCCUCCACCAAAGAAGAUCAAACCGAUAAUAUGUCCGUAAUGAGUGUCGGACUUAGUAUUGAUCUACCAUUCCCGUUAAGUUUCAUCGUGAGAAAGGAAUUAUCAUAUCGAUAUGAAAUCAUGUUUAAAUUAUUAAUAAAUAUGAAAUUUUUGGGCAAGAUUAAUGAUUCAGUAGCUAAAGAUUUGAAUUAUUCUAAUAUUUGGAAAUAUAAAGGAUUUGACGCCAAUAUUAAGAAAUUGAUUUUAAGAUAUAGAACAUUACAUGCUCGGGUACGAAAUUUCAUUAAUGAGAUUCAAAGUUAUAUAAAUUAUGAUGUUAUUGAGAUGCAUUUUGGAGAAAUUCGGACAUUAUUGGAUGAGAUUGAAAAAGUUGUGUUGAUGAGUGAGUUGGGGUCAGAUAUAAGUCUUGAAGAACAGGUUUUUAAUGGUGGGAGUUUAUUUGGAGGUGGGGGGUCAAUCACAAAUUCGAUUUUUGAUACUCGAAUAUUGGAUAAAUUGAAUAAUACAACUAAUCAAACUCCAGCAAAAACCCUUAUACUUAAUAAUUUAUAA